AACAUUUAGUAUCACUCACUUCAUCUGUCCAACGCAGAUCACCAAACAAACUAACCAACAUGUUCAAGGUACUUUUCCUCGCUACCAUCGCCAUGGCUGCCGCCAGUCCCAGCGUGGUUCCUGCUGCAGUGGUGGCCCCGGCGCCUCUUGUGGCCGCGCCCGCGCCCUUCGUGACGGCCUCCAGCUCACAGUACAUCGCACGCAAUUACAACGGCGUGGUGUCCGCGCCGCUGGUGGCUGCGCCGGCGCCAUAUGUUGCCCCGGCCGCGCGCUUUGUAGCCCCGGCCGCGCCCCUCGUCUCAGCCGCGGCUCCGGUGUACGCGCGCUACGCCGCUCCAUACGUGGCUGCCCCGUACGCAGCCGCCCCUUACAUAGCAUCUCCUUACUUCGCACCCUCCGCUCCUUUCGUCGCCCUGAAAGUACUUUUCCUCGCUACCAUCGCCAUGGCAGCUGCCAAGCCCAGCGUAGUCCCUGCUGCAGUGGUGGCUCCCGCACCGCUCGUGGCCGCGCCCGCCCCCGUGGUGACGGCAUCCAGCUCGCAGUAUAUUGCGCGCAAUUACAAUGGUGUGGUGGCCGCUCCGCUGGUGGCGGCACCGGCGCCCUACGUCGCCCCGGCUGCGCGCUUUGUGGCCCCUGCCGCGCCGCUCGUUUCAGCCCCGCUGUACGCGCGCUAUGCUGCCCCCUAUGUUGCUGCUCCAUACGCGGCCGCUCCUUACGUGGCCGCACCUCUUGUAGCUUAUUAAGAACGA